CCCCGCCCACAGUCCAUGCCGGAUGUGAUGUCACCAAAUGCGCGCAAUUUCCGGAGGAGCAAGAUGAACUACAUGCCAGGGACAGCUAGCCUGAUAGAGGACAUUGACAAAAAACAUUUAGUAGUACUUCGAGAUGGGAGAACAUUAAUAGGAUAUUUAAGGAGUGUAGAUCAAUUUGCUAAUUUGGUUCUUCAUCGGACAGUGGAACGAAUCCAUGUAGGAAGAAAAUAUGGUGACAUUCCCAGAGGGAUUUUUGUUGUCCGAGGAGAAAAUGUGGUGCUUCUGGGGGAAAUAGAUCUGGAAAGAGAGACCGAUACUCCCUUACAGAGGGUGUCUAUUGAGGAGAUUCUGGAAGCUCAAAGAGUUCAGCAGCAUGAAAAACAAGAAGCAGAAAAGGCAAAAAGUGAAGCUUUGAGAGAACGAGGAUUAUCUAUCCCCCGUACAGAUACUCUUGACGAAUACUAAAAGAGCCACUUUUAAGAAUACAAUACCAGACUUUGCCACACCACCUUUUUAAGUGACUGAAGUUGUUAGAUUUCACAGCUGAAAUGGGAUAGAUUGUGUCUAUAGUUGAAUGAACUCCAUAUGUAAAAAAAAAUUUUUAACAGACAUUUUACAAUGGACUUGCUGUGAUUCUUUUCAAAACACAGCAACAAAACAUUAGAAAAAUUCAUUGAGUUAAUUUACGGGUUCUUGAAACCAUCCUAUUGGUCUGAAAAUGUAACAAUAAAAGACCUUCACCACAAUGAAGCUUUAGUCGUACAUGAUGGGCUUUCCAUUCACCGAAAGGAUGUGCCAUUGCAAUCAAUGUGUAGGUAGGUUUUUCUUACAUAGAUUAACUUGCUGUAUAUUUACCAAAAAUAAAAAUAUCAUUCAUUUCAUAAAUUGCAGAGUCUCAACUCAUAUCUUUGUAUGUUGUGGAGCCUUGUUUAUGUACAAACUGGUUCCCUCGUUUAAAUCUAAAAUACACCAACUGAAGGUUGUGAGCAGUGAUUGAAAACAACAACUUUGUUAAUCUAUUAUAUGACAAUCUCUCAAUAACAUUUGUUGACAUGCACUCAUCUAUGACCUAUUUUGCACUGUUCCUGGCUACUUAUUGGCAGAAAAGUAAUAUUAAGAUAUUCCUUUACAUAGAAAAUCUUAUUUCUACUGGUACCUCUAUGGAGGGUCAACCUAUUUUGGUGUAGGCUUGUGAAAAUGGCAAGUUUUUAUUCUACUUUUUAUUUCUUCUAUUAGUUGCAACCAAUAAAUUAAUUUGCUGAAACUGA